GACCUCUCUUCUUUCGUCUCUCUCCUCUCUUCGCGGAAGAACAAAAUCUCGAGCUUCUUCUUCGCGAAUCCUUAAUACUUAAUCUUCUUGACAUUCAACAAUGGUGCGAUUCCAAUCUGCUCAAAGGAGUUUCUUUGACCUUAAUCUGCUCCCGGAGCAAGAACCGGAAUCAGAUCAUCAACCUAAUCUGCUGCCGGAGCAAGAAUCAGAUGAUCAACCGGCACAAAAGAAAUUUCCUUUUCGAAAAGCAAUUGGGUUCAGAUUUGACCCUACUGAUGUUGAAUUAGUCUUGGGGUACCUUAAGCCGUUCUUAGAAGGAAAAGCGUUGCCAAAGAACAAGAUUCAUGUGAAAGAUAUAUACCUUUAUCACCCUAAUCAACUCCUAGUGGAGUUCGAGAAGGGCAAUGAGAAAGAACUUUUCUUUUUCACCCCUCGGAGCCUGGUCUGCAGUGGAGGUGAAAGGGUUGCUAGAUCUGCUAAUGGUGGGUUCUGGCACUCAACUACUGGCUCAAAGGACAUUAUCAUUGGAGACACUGUGAUAGGUGUGAAGCAAUGUUUUAAUUUCUUUGAUGGGAAGCUCCUCAAUGGAAGGCGCCCAAAAGAAGGAAAGACAAAUUGGCUAAUGAUAGAGUAUCGCUUGGUUGAGUUUCACAAAAGCAUCAAGAAAAGCAGCAGUGUGAAGACUCCUACGAGGGUGGUUGAUUUGAACAGAAGUGGUAGUGAGGCAAGCAGCAGCCUGAUGGAGAUGGUUGUUGAUGGGAACAGAAGUGGUAGUGAGGCAAGCAGCAGCCUGAUGGAGAUGGUUGUUGAUGGGAACAGAAGUGGUAGUGAGGCAAGCAGCAGCCUGAAGGAGAUGGUUGUUGAUGGGAACAGAAGUGGUAGUGAGGCAAGCAGCAGCCUGAUGGAGAUGGUUGUUGAUUUGAACAGAAGUGGUAGUGAGAAAAGCAGCAGCGUGAAGGAGAUGGUGGUAACUCAUGUGUUAUCCAAGGUUUAUUACAAAUACGAAGAAGACAACAAAACAUAUGCAUAUGCUGAAUUCAUCAAGACACAUCAAGAGCUUGUCAUCCAAGACGAGAAGAUAUGGGAAGACAUGCAAGAAAAUGAUGAAAAACAUUCCCGGAAGAGAACCUGUGGAGUUUGGUGCUGUGGCUUGUGGGACCUUGCGAAUCGUCUCCGGCGUGUUGGAUCUUCGCCGUACGAUAAUGGCGAUGUGAAUGGAGCUGAAUUACGAAGCUGCAACAUCAACUAUUCGUCUAUUCCCAUUCCCGAAAAGGAUUUGGCAUAUUCGCCUCCACUGAAACUUCCGAUGGGGCAAACUAACAUAUUUUACCAUGAAAAUGUGGAUGUCCUGGUGAAAAAGCUUCUUAUUUUGGAUGCCGAUUCCGAGAGGAUGAUGAAGCUGGAAGAGAAUUCUGGCACUGAAGAACAAGAUGCUAGGCUCCUUGAGGAGGCGUGCGUCUUAGAGAGCCAUGAAGAAGCGAGGGACUUGGAUGGGAGAAGGAUGAGCAGAAACAAGUGGUCAAGUGUAGUGUACCGUAGAGGACAGAAACAGCUCACAAGACUGUUCUUGAAGGAGGCAGAGUAUGCCCUUCACUUAGCUCUCUCCUCUGACUAUUGACUAUAUAGCGGUGUUUUGUUGUAGAUUCCCUUGUUUUAAACAUAAUAUCUAUUUCAAAUGCUAAAUAAGUAAUUAUGGUAUAA